CUACAGUCCUAAUUCAGGAGGUUACUACACAAUCACCAAACAAACAAAAUGAAAUUCUUGGUUGUAUUUGUCGCCGCUUUGGCUGUUGCCUCUGCUGGUCACAUCGUCGCCCCAGUAGCCUAUGGUGCCCAACACUUGCCAGUCAUUGGACCUAAUGGUGUCCCAAUCGACACCCCAGCUGUCCAACACGCCACCGCCGCUCACUUGGCCCACAAAGCCGAGGCUCAUGCCCGCAACGGUGACUUUGCUGUUGUUGCUCAUGCCGCCCCAGUUGUAGCCCACGCUGCCCCCGUUGUUGCUCACGCCCCUGCUUUCGCUGCCGCUCCAGUUGUUGCUGCUCACGGUUACUACGGUCAACCCGCUGCCUACCCAACCACCGCUGUCCACCCAACCUCCGUUAACGGUGUCCCAUUGGAAACCCCAGAAGUUGUUGCCGCUAAGUCCAAGCACUUCGCCGCUCACGCCGAAGCCCUUGCCCGUACCGGACACGUUGCUGGUGUUGCCCCAGUUGCCCCAUUCCACCAUCUUUACCGUCGUAGCCCAGUCUAUGCUCCAUACGCCUAUGGUGCUUACCCAUACGCCGCCCACACCUACGGUGCCUAUUCCUAUGGUGCUUACCCAUAUCGGAAUCUCACGAAUUCGCCGCAAGUAGAUAUUAAUUCAUUCAAGCUUGAGCAUACUCUUAACAGUCCUACCACAAGGAGGUUAACAGAUCCUAAACAAAUCAACAUGAAAUUCUUGAUUGUCUUCGCCUGCGCUUUGGCCGCCGCCUCAGCUGGCUAUGUUGCCCCAGUAGCCCCAUUGGUCUAUGGAGCCCAACACUUGCCCGUCAUCGGUGCCAAUGGUGUACCAGUAGACACCGCUGAAGUUCAACAUGCCCGUGCUGCCCACUUUGCCCACAAGGCUGAAGCUCAUGCCCGCAACGGAGACUACGCUGUCUACGCUCAUGCUGCCCCAGUUGUUGCCGCCGCCGCCCCAGUCGUCGCCUCCACCUACGCUGCCGCCCCAGUUGUUGCCUACGGUCAACCAGCUGCCUACCCAACCACCGCUGUCCACCCAGCCUCCAUCAACGGUGUCCCACUUGAGACCCCAGAAGUUGUUGCCGCCAAGAGCAACCACUUCGCCGCUCACGCUGAGGCCCUCGCCCGCACUGGACAUGUUGCCGCUGUCCACUACCGUCGUCGUCGUGGUGUGAUCGCCGCUCCCUUGGCUUACUCUGCCGCCUACGCCGCCCCAUACUACGGUUAUGCUGCUCACUCUCCAGUCGUCGCCACCAGCUACGCUCACGGAUAUGCCGGUUAUGCUCACCCAUACUCUGCCUACUCCGCCUACGCCACCCCAUACGCCCACUAUUAUUAAAUAAUGACCAACGACGCGCGUUAAACUGAUAAAUAUGUCAAUCGUCAGGCUGUCUGAUUAGCAGAAUUUCAACGAGUACCUUAAUAUUUAUAAUGUUAAGUAGAAAAAACGCCACAAUUUAUAGAAUUUGACAAUAGUGCAUUAUUUUUAAUGCAACAAUAAAUUUUCAUUAUAAGGAAAA